AUGGGUGAGCAUAUUGAGAUGGGUGAGAAACUCCUUAAAGUUCAGUUUACAGGAUUGCGGGCACAGGGAUAUGGCAAUCACAGAAGACUAGAGUUAGACGAUGUUGAGGAAUAUACUCACUACAUGUUCAGCCAAUGUGCACCUUAUAACCAGGACCAAUGCAUAGCUAAUUUGGCUGCUGCCUCUUCAAUGGAAGGUGCUGGGCAGGGAUAUCAGAGGAAUGAAAGGGCACAAGACCCAGGGUGUUAUGACUGCAUCUGGGACCUAAGAACCCAGUAUGUCAUGGUUGAUAUGUUGGAUCAGCUCUCCCUCCUCCCCCACCAGUCCCUACCAGUUCAGACUCUGAUGACUGCCUUCCUCUCAGCACUGUUUGCGCAGAUUAAUCAGGGGGAGAGCAUCACACAUGCCCUGAAGCAUGUAUCCCAUGAUAUGAAGACCCACAAGAACCUUGCCCUGAAAGCUCAGAGUGGCCCAGUACGCAGUGGUCCCAAACCAUUCUCUGUAGCUAAACUCCAAAGCAACCCAUCUUCUAAACCAGCCACAAAGAAGGAGCCAGCUCUACUUGAACUGGAAGGCAAGAAAUGGAGAGUGGAGAAUGUUUCCAACCUGGUAAUUAAUGACACAGAGCUGAAGCAGGUGGUUUACAUAUACAAGUGUGUCAACACGACAUUAGAAAUCAAGGGCAAGAUUAACUCCAUUACACUAGAUAACUGUAAGAAACUAGGUCUGGUAUUUGAUGACGUGGUGGGCAUUGUGGAGAUAAUCAAUAGUAGAGAUGUCAAAGUUCAGGUAAUGGGUAAAGUGCCAACCAUUUCCAUUAACAAAACAGAUGGCUGCCAUGCUUACCUGAGCAAGAAUUCGCUGGAUUGUGAGAUAGUCAGUGCCAAAUCUUCUGAGAUGAAUGUUCUCAUUCCUACAGAUGGCGGUGACUUUAAUGAGUUCUCAGUCCCUGAGCAGUUUAAGACCUUAUGGAAUGGGCAAAAGUUGGUCACCACAGUGACAGAAAUCGCUGGAUAAGCCAAGUGCCAGUGGGUUCUUUGCCCUCUCCCUUCACACCAUGGGAUAAAUCUGUAUCAAGAUGGUUCUUUUCUAGAUUUCCUCUACCUUUCUGCUCUUAACUGCUUCUCUGCUCUGAGAAGCCCAGCUACCUGCCUACACUGAAUAUCCCUCAGGCUGAGAUUUGGGGUGGGACAGCAGGGCAGUUGAUCUUCUGCAGGAAGGUACAGCUUCUCCACAUCGGCAUGGCCAUACCACCAGUC